GCCGAGAGUCCGCGAGAGUGUUGGAACUUGUUUUCAUGAAGGAUGUGAAAAUGGCUGAAGGAGGUUCGCAAAAUGUCCUGUGUCGGUAUUUUAUAAAUGGUGCUUGUCGCGAGGGAGAGCGCUGUCGCUACUCUCACAAUCGUGAUGCAGCACGUCCCUCGAUGGUGUGUCGAUAUUACCUGAGAGGAACUUGUGUCUAUGGACAACAAUGCAGGUAUGACCACGUGCGCCCAGACCAUUCCAGGCCAGACAUCUGGCAGGAGCCUCCUUCUGACCGCACAUCAUCCGAGUCAGAAAGACAAGCUUCGAGGCACCGAGGAGGUGGCAGUGGCGACGAUGGGAGAAAUCAGUCUAGUCAACCUAGCAAACUUGGCGUGAGUGCCCAUGCCAAGGAGUUUGUUUAUAACCCUACAAAUGGCGCAUCUGCUACCAUUGGCUUCAGGAACCUAAGCAACAGCAGUAGCAGCAAUAGUAGCAGCAGCAGUAACAACCAUACUAGCAACAUCAUCAGUAGCAGCAGCACCAACAGCAGUAAUAAUUUACCAAGCUUGAGUAGUAGACAAAGGAACCAAGAGAGUUCAUGUGGUGGGAGCCCUGCAUCAUGGGUGGAUGCUCCAGAAUUUGUACCUAGAUUUGCCAAAGACAAUAUCAAUAAGCAAUAUGAUGUCUCUUAUGCACAAGUAGCCGGGGCUGGAGACAAGGGAUCUUCAGGGGGAUCCAACAGUGGGGCGCGAUCAUCGGAUAGUGAAUUCUGUUCCUCGUACCUAAUGACAGGCAUUUGUGAAGUUGGAGACCACUGCACAUAUAUCCAUGGCCAGUUUUGCGAGAUGUGUCAGUUAGCUUAUUUACACCCCUAUGACAAAGAACAGAGGAGGAUACAUAGAGAGGAAUGUACAAAAUUGAUAGAAGCUGAGAUGGAGCAUUCCUUUGCUGUUGCUCGUUCCCGUGAUAAAGUUUGUGGGAUCUGCAUGGACACAGUUAUGGAACGUCCCCUAGCAUCUCAGCGAAGGUUUGGCAUCCUACCCAACUGUGGCCAUUGCUUCUGUCUCAACUGUAUACGUAAAUGGCGUCAGUCAAAACAGUUUGAAAAUAAAAUUGUACGAUCUUGCCCCGAAUGCCGCACCCAAAGUGACUUUGUGGUCCCCUCUCGAUAUUGGGUCGACGACAAGGACAAAGAGGAGAAAGAUAAGCUUCUAAUCAGCUACCAACAUGCUCUGAGUGCCAAGCCUUGUAAGUACUUCAAGCAAGGAGAGGGGCAGUGUCCCUUUGGCAACAAGUGCUUCUAUUUGCACGCCUUGCCCGAUGGCACAAAGAAGGAUGUAGGGCCACCCAGACGUCGCCGCAGGUUCGCAGCAGAUGGAGAGCUCCAGUUGUAUCUUGAUAACAUGGUGCUCUGGGACUUCAUCGAGGAAAGAGAACAUCGCUUGGAACUGCUCCGAGGUUCCAUUCAGACAUUGCUGCUUGAGCUUGAGCUUGAAGACUUGGCAGAUGACUUCUAUUUCGCAGAUGACUCCGUGUCAGAGACUUCUGAUUUGUAGAUAUGACUCCUCUGAUUCCUGAAGCAUAAUGUCGUGAGGCAUGAAAGGCUUUUGGUAUGUAUGUAAGCUGUGUAGGUGAAGACCUUGGUGUCAUAUGUCUGGCUUACAAAUGAACAUGUACAUCUGCCCAAAACUUAGAUAAAAGAAAAGAAGUUUUAAGAAAGAAAAAAAAAUUACAAAUCCUCUGGUUCUUGUUAUAUUAUUGUCUCUGGCAAUAUAUCCAGUCAUUUCUGUGGCCAUCACCACUAUACCAAACAUACACAUAUACAUGUAUAAGUGCAAUUAACCACAGGCCAUAAAUUAUUCAGGAUAGUGAUGUGACUCUUACGGUUGGGCUGAGUUUAUAAUGCCUUAAUGAUUUAUAAUAGGUGUGAAGCAAAUGAAUAUAGGUGUGCCAUGGACUAAGCUUACAUCAGAUCAGAGACCAACCAAGAUCCUGAUAUUGAUAUGCUGUAUACAAGCUGACUUUUUUGCCAUGGAAGUUUAAGGUGCAGUUGCAUAGGUUAAUGAAGAAUUAAACAACUACCUAGUUCUUGGUGUUGAUUGGCCAUGAAGCGUAAGCCAGUGCUAGGAUACAAUAGAAGCUUAUUGUUGUGUUUUCUGAACAUUGAAUGUGCCAAAAAACACUAAAAUGAAUUUGUGUUGUGAAGAUUCUACAUGGAAUAUUGUAACAAAAUGUUUGAUAAUGGUUUUCAUUUUCUUCUCAUUUACAGUGAGAGCAAAAAUGGUUAAUAGAUUUCUCUGUUGUACAAGGACCCAGUUGAAUUAUUGGGUGUCAUAGUUUCUGUUUAUUUUCCAUUGGCAUUCUCUUCUGAAGAUAUUG